AUGAGUGAUAUACUGAUAUUAGAGAUUCCGAGGGGCUUGACUAUUGGAAUUGAUACAUUUUCAUUAGAAGUGAAGGCAAAACAACCGAUAUAUGGGAUAAGUAAGAUUCCGAGUGGGAUUCAUGUUAUUCAUUUUCAACACGAUGAGUUGAGGUAUGGGUACUGGUUCACACACGGUAACUUUAUAAUAAAAUGGAAUACUGAGACUGAAUUGUAUGAGAUGUGUGAAGAGAAGGAUUUAGUGAAGUUCGAGAAUUCAUUGAACGAUUAUAUUUCUAGAAAUCUUGUAUUGAAAUAUCCAUCCAUCGAUGAAUGGUUUCGAUUAAUUGAGUAUAUCGAUUGGGUCCAAGUGUGCCAUAUCAUGGGGGGUAAAGAAAAAGAAGGUGCUACUGUGUUUUAUAGUGAUUCAUCUAUGAGCACUGCUGAAGAAACAGAGAUAUUGAGAAAACGACUCAAGAAUAGUAACGAUGACGAUGAUAAGAUAUUUGAUUAUACUACGGUAAGAUUUAAAUCUAGAGAAGCUAUACGAUCUGAUCAUCAGAUGGAAGAUUUCUUAGAUAAAUCGUACUAUUUCAACGAAAUAAUAAUGAAAAAACGAUUUCAUGGUAAGAUUUCCAUGUAUCUUGGAGAAUUACAAUUUGCAUAUUUGAAUAGUAUACUAUUUGGAAAUUAUGGGUCAAGUUUACAAUGGCAUAAUCUAAUUGAAUUAAUUUGUGGAUCAUCCAUUGUUGAUACUGAGUACAUGAGUAAACUUGAUAGUACACUUUCUGUUGAGCUCAAGAUUUUACCGAUAGAGUAUAUCGAUAUCCUAAUAAAUGAUGAUAUGUGGAUAAGAAGUUUGAAUAAAUCUUUUCAAAAAGAGAGAUUGCCACUAACGAAAAGAGAAAUGCAGUUGAAAAAACCCGAGUUUGUAAAUAACUCCAGAGAAGGUGAAUCUGAAGAAGAGGAAGAUCCAUACGAUAGAAGUUUCCUACUACAAGAAGAAGAUGAUUCAGAAGAUGAAUACAAACCGACUGUUGUUAGUGGGAUAUACUACGAAAGAUCACGUGAUGUAUAA